GACGCUGUCCAAUCAGCGGCCGCUUCCCCGCGGGGUGCCGGACGGGCUCCGAUUGGCGGAGACGCGAGUGUCCGCCUCCGCCUUUGCGGCUUAUCAACUCCAACGUUUUUGACUCGUCUUGAUGUCGAUAAGCAUCUCUUUCGUGUCUGCUAAAAUUAGUCGAUUUCUUAUCUCAUCUCAUCAUAUCCCCUCAUCAACUUUCUUAUCGGGUGGUCUUCGUCGAUCAGCGCCUCAAACUCAUUGCCUCAAGAAUCAUCUGGCCACAUUUGCCACUCAACGCGCCGCCUUCUGGCAGGCCUCAAAGUGCAGUGCUACACAUCUCAACGAUGCUAGCACCAUAAUUCUACCUCUUCCACUGCAAUGUAAAGAUCACCUAUGGGAUGCCGCGUAAAAAGGCUGCAGACCGCGUGGGUCCGGUCAAGACCCGAAGCCGUAGCGGUUGUAAAGAAUGCCGCACGAGCCGAGUCCGCUGCGAUACGCAGAAACCGAAAUGUUCCCGGUGUCGCGAAAAGGGACUGGCGUGCUCGACGCAGUUGGUGUUGAAGUGGGAGUCGGAAUUUGUGAGCCGUGGUCUGGCCUUCGGUAGGGCUGGCGUUUGGAGUAAAUCGAAGCCCGCGGGUACGCGGUCUAAGUCGGAGGCCAGUUCUCUGUUUGAUGAUGAUCGGGAAUGGUGUCCUUUUCCGAUGGUUGAGCCGUGGGGGUUUGUUAAUAGUGGGGUUUCGACUUUUGAGCAGCCUGACCAGGUCAAUGUGGCGUGUGACGAACUGAAUGCUGUUGUGCUUGGGGGUGAGAGGUAUGAUUUCGCUCAUGGGGUAAUGGGAGAAAAUCCUGUUUGGCCGGUUGAGAUCAAUUUACCGGGCUCUGCAUCUGCAAUGCGAGGACUAUCAGACCCCAUGGCAUCACUGUCGAUGUUCCCUCAUCUAUCGCAGAGUCAAGGACAUCUGUUCGACUAUUACCUCCAGCAGGUUUGUCCUCGAACAACAGCUAGCUCGAGACUCUCGUCGCCGUUCGCAUCCAUAAUCCUUCCUUUCUGUCUCUCUGCCUCCCCUAUCUUAUUCAAAGCCAUCCAGGCUUUAGGCGCAUGCCACUGGUCUCGGUUCGACUCGACCUACAGCGUCAUCGGGCUCCGGAUGAAAUCCGAGGCUUUAAGAGGUCUCAGCAAUCGCCUCGCCACUGAAGGGUCACUGAGUUGCUCCGCAGAUCCCGAGGUCCUAGCGAUCAUGAUGAUGCUAUGUCUCUACGAGAUCGUGGACAACUGCGACCAACGCUGGACCAUCCACCUCAAGGGUGCAAAGGACUUGAUCCGCCUGCGAAGACAGCAGCAGACGACCGUUUCCACAGCCAGCAGCACCAGAGACCCGGUGUCUGGGUUUGCCGAGCUCUUUUUCGCUUUCCAAGAUGUGAUGGGGCGCACCGCUUGCGGCGAGGAGGUCCUAUUCGGCAGCGACUACUGGCACGAGGACGACCGCACCAUCGAUCUCUGGAUGGGCUGCAGCCCGGAGCUCGUCUCUAUCAUAUCCUCCAUCACCGAACUUAGUCGCACCAGACGACAACUUACCUCAGAAUCCGCACGCUCGGCGUUCUCAUCCCGCGCAGCCUCCCUCGGCAAAAAGCUCGAGAAUCUCGUCCAAGAGAUCGACGACGAGGAGGACACCAUCCUCCGCUCUGCGGCCGAACUCAAACGCCUAGCUGCCGUGCUCUAUCUCCACUGUGCCCUGUACGGCACGUCGCCUACCACACCUUUCGUCGCCAGCUAUGUUCGCCGCAUCCUGCGUCUGGUUUCAGACCUCCUGGACGCCGGAUCCCUCGUGAGCAUGACCUGGCCUGUCUUCGUGGCAGCUGUGGAACUGAACCCGCUCCACGACGAGGUGUGGUCCGGUUCGACCGAUACGGCAGUCUAUGGACGUCCACUAGUGCUGCGUGCGUUGGCGACGAUGGCAGAAUCGAGCGUUUCGAAUAUUGCCCGCACCCGAGCCGUCAUUGUCAAGGUGUGGCAGGCCCGCGAUGGCGAUAUGCUGAAGGGGUCGCCUGUGGAUGCGUCAGAUUGGAAUGAUUGGGAGUGGUAUGUUGCGCCGGUUAGUAGUGCGAUGAGCCUGGCUUGAUGGGAUGAUGCCUUGGUGUCUGUUCAUUUUGAUAUUUGUUAUUUAACAGCAUUGUUGUCUUUGUUCAGCUGUUUUGGCUUCUUCUUGUAGAUAAGAAACGAUUUCACAUUGGUCGCACAAGGUGCCGAGAAAUAUCAGCAUGGUCCGACAUAAUCGCCGUGGACUGGGGGC